AUGACGAGUAAGUCUUCGUUUCGAGCUGAGUGUCUGUUAGACACGCGGGACUUUCAGGCCAUAGCGCAUCGCCAGGCAGUGGUGCUGGGCGAGCCCAUCCCUUCCUUAGAUGAAGGUCUCGAGCGCAUUAAAGCAAACAUUUUUUUGAAUACCGAGAAGCCGUCAGAGAUCCCCACAGAGAGGCUCAUCCGCUACCUCUCUGACGUGUCGCAAUGCCUUCAGGCCUUUGUUACUAACUCUACACGGGCUCCACAGGUUCUUGCCGGGACGGUAAGACACGUUGACUUCUUUGAUAAACUCUAUGCAUUUCUGCGACUCUUGACUGAGAAUGGCCGAUAUCAUGAGCUCCUUGAAGUUGAUGCCGAUUCCACGUGUUCUUUCCUGCUUUCUGUUGCCGCUUUUCAGAGUGCAUUUGCUCGUGAGCCCAUCCUUGGCAAUCCGGUGACUAGGAGUUCUUUCUUGUUUAGUGCACAGUCCUUCUUGCUUACUAUCUCUUCUGUCUUGUGCCAUUUUCCGCUCAAUGUGGACCAGCCCAUGUCACACAUUAGUGUCAUCAUUGGGGAUGGAACCGGAAAACUGGAGGUGGCGCACGUGUUAGUUGAGCAUGUGCUUAUAGUUUCGUCUGCGUUCAAUCUAUCUGACUCUGUCUCCGUACCUGCGCAGUUUUUCCAAUGGCUUAACAGAGUACUAGUCCACGUAACACCUCUCUGGUCUGUCGAGAACCUGGAGCACCUUCAGCUAUGGCACCAAUCAAGACAGUCCGCGGCGGAGGCUUCGUCCCCAGCGGUACACUUGACAGAUGCCUUUCCGUGCAUGCUUUUCUCGAGCUUACUGCGCGUCUCCCUGUUUCUGUAUAGUCGGCGAGCUGUGGGCUUGAGCACAGAGACCAUUGCGCUCACCAUAUCUAGUGCUUGUGACCUGGUAGCACAGGUUCUGAACACGAUUCAAGCGCUUCGUAAUUUGGCCGCUGACGCGCUGGGUUCUGUCGAGCCUGGACGACGCUCAGCUUGUUCUAGAUUGUCUCCAGUUAGCUUUCUUGAAGAUGCACAGCUCUUUUCAUUUUUCAGCAAGCUCUGUCUGUGGUGUGUGCGACUGUUGGAUUGUCUCAUCUCACAGAUUUUCAAGCCAGAUGGGUUCUCUGCGUGCACAUACACAGGUCCACACGGUGAUGAGUCACCAAAAGCAAGCGACGCUCCCAGACUUGGCUUGGACGUCUUUACGGAGAUGUUCUUCCAGCACAAUGGUUGGUCUCUUCUGAUGCAGCUCUUGCACUACACAACUGACGGCAUUCUUGACGAUCAUAUGGAACCGCCCGUCACUGAGCUCCUUAGUCAGAUUACGCACUGUGCUGAUAUGGGUUGGAUCAAAGAUCACGGCUACCUCUGCUCAGGCUUUUCAACAAGGCUGGCAUAUAUCCUUGUCAAGAGCCAUAGCCGAAAUGCAAAGCUUGCAGCGUUCUACACCCUUUGCAACCUCGUCAUCGACCAGGGAUAUGCGUUCGUGGCGGUAGAGCACGUUAUAAGCGCAUGUAUUAAGAACUUCAAAUCCACAAUUUUGACCGUUGUUUACGAAGCGAACCGCCUCCUUGUGCUUCUGCUCCAACUGGGCAAAGUGGAGGACAGGGAUGUCUAUCAGACUGCCCUCCUACACAUGAUCAACCAAAAGAUAACUUCAAAGCUCAUUCGAUCUUUCAUGAUGACUGCCCAGUCUGCACAAACCCAUCAGACCCUUCCCAAGGAGUUGCGGAAGCUGGCAUCGAUGCAGCUCAAGCUUUUCUCCGAACUCAUAGAGUGUGGGAAAGAACACGAAGAGUUUAUUACACCUAUAUUCGAGACGAGAGACGAGCUUUCUAUAGCAAUCGAAGAGCUUGACGUGCGAGGUCCAGAAAGUCUCUCCGUUAGUUGCAGACAGCUCAUUGAUUUAAUUUAUAUGUGA